AUGGUUAAACAUAUUGACGUGCUUAUUGUAGGAGCGGGACCAGCUGGUCUGACUACGGCCAAUUGCUUCAACGGCAGCGAUCUAACUGUACGCAUCAUCGACAAGAAGCCGGGCCCGGACCACGUUGGCAAAGCAGAUGGGAUCAAGAGCAUUUCGAUCGAGGUCCUGGACACUCUAGGAAUCGGAGAUGCCGUGUUCAGUGAAUCUCAGCGUGUCGAAGAGAUUGUUCUGUGGAAUCCCGAUGAGAAUGGCACUAUUCGACGCACGAUGACAAUUCCGGAUCGAGUCGAGGAGCUCAUGAAGCCUCGGGAGGUAUGUCUCGACCAAGGAAGGGUGGAAGGUUUGAUGGUUGAAAACCUCAACAAGCAAGGGAGCGUUCAAAUCAACUGGAACACUCAGCCUGUGGAUCUGAAAGUCAAUGUAUCUCAAAAAGAUGAUCCAGAGGCGUAUCCUAUUGCCAUCUCUCUUGAAAACAUCAACACGGGCAUUAUCGAAACACUCGCCGUCAAGUACAUAGUCGGCGGCGAUGGCGCUCACAGUUGGCUACGCAAGCAGCUGGGGAUCAAACUCACAGGAGAUCUGACAGACUCAACCUGGGGUGUACUUAAUAUGGUGCCCAAGACCGACUUCCCUGAUAUCCGCAAGGUGUUUGUCGUUCACUCUGUCAACGGCACCGUAAUGGGUGUUCCUCGGGAGUCUAAGAUGGUGCGCUUCUACAUCAGCAUGGACGGUGGGAGCAGGCACACCUCUAUUAACGUUAAAGAUAUCACGGCGGAAAACAUUAUCGAGGCGGCUCAGAUUAUCAUGGCCCCAUACAAACUGGAGGCUGCCAGAAUACCAUGGUGGUCCGCGUACUGCGUCGGCCAACGGGUAGCAGAUAGGUUCUCCCAUAGUGAAAGGGUGUUCCUAGUAGGUGACGCGGUACAUACCCACUCGCCAAAGGCUGGCCAGGGUAUGAAUACCAGCCUUCAAGAUGGAUAUAACAUUGGAUGGAAAUUGCGGUACUGUCUAGAGCAAAGCGCAAGCAGGGAACUCCUCUCCACAUAUCCAAUCGAAAGAAAGCCAGUGGCUCAGGCACUCAUUGACUUCGAUAGAGAGUAUCUAGAAACGUUUGCCCGGUCUGACAUCACACACGAGGAGUUUCUCGCGGCAUAUCUCGCUGGCCAGAGAUUUACCACUGGAACGCAAAUCCAGUAUCCGGAAUCAUUGAUUGUGAAAGGUCGCAACGCCGAGAGCACAUCACAUCUUGCUGCUAAAUUGGCAGAGGGUGUUCGUCUACCAGACUUACAAAUUGUCAAUCAAUCAGACGGCGUUCCGGUGAAGUUGUACCACCGGCUCACCUGUGAUGGCCGAUUCCGAGUCCUCGUUUUUGCCGGCAACCUGUCCAACGAGGCCUCCCUAUCUCGCCUCAACAACCUGGGAGACUGGUUUGAGAAAUAUCUGCCGGCGUCCUCUGGGCUAGAGAUUUUGACUAUUCAUAGCUCGAAACGUGAAGAGGUUGAACUCAUGGAUCUGCAUCCCAGUUUCCGCCCGUGGAGCGAGGAUGGUUGGGAUUAUUGGACUAUCUAUGCAGAUGAUGACAGCUAUCACGAUGGCCAUGGAAGGGUGUAUGAAAGAUGCGGAAUUAACAAAGAGGAAGGCUGCCUUAUUGUUGUCAGACCGGAUGGUUACAUUAGUACCAUUCGCCGCUUAAACCAGACUACCGAGAUACUCGCAUUCUUUAGCGGUCUAAAAGGUAGUAAGGCGCAAUCUGGUCAGGCCACAGAGAGCUUUCAAACAAGGCUAUAA